GUCGAGGAGCGCUGAGGGCGAGACUGGUUUCAGUUUCACUUCUGCGGGAAACUUGUCAACAUUGAGCGCAUCUCAGGGGCAGAGAAGGGGUCCUUGGCGUCGUCCUGGUGCCAGGCGCCCUGCUCCUGCCGUGGGUGGUUCUGAGGGGGAUAACCAGACAAGGCCUUGCCCUGGAGUAGCCCAUGGCCCGUGCCGAGGUUUAUACCUACAUUCGUGGAGUCCUGAGAAGCUGGGGUGCCCAUUAGGAUUGGGGGCAGAGUUCCCCAGGUAGUCCCUGAAGGGAAUGAUACUCAGGAGACCUGGAGGCCUUGCACUGUCCUUCUGCAGCCGUGAAGGCCUACCGCAGGCCCCUUCUAGGAGGCAGUCGGCCGAGAGGAACAAAAAUUUGGCUGUUCUGGAGUUUGUCCUGUCAGGGACCCAGUAUGUCAUAAGAUCUGGAAGGAUGACGAGCGGACAGUUUUUCCCAAGAGGCAGGAACACCCAGGGCUUUUGGAGAACUUGGUGUAGCAGGAUUGGAGAUGGAUGGGAGGGAGGGCGGUCCUGGAGGACCUGGAACCCUCUGUGUCUAGUCUCAGAAAUGCCCCUUGUCUGCACAGUGGAGGGGCAGGUUGAGGGAACAAAGGCAGAGUGCCCUGUCCUGAGCCAAUGAGAUGGAAAUGCUCUGAGACUAGGGCACCCAGAGCAGAAAUCGAGGUUGGCAGCGAAAUGGGGCAGAAGGUCUUUCCAACCAAGUAGGAGAGGGAUGGGCGCCGGUAUUUAUCACACUGGCACCAUUGAAUGCCAGGAGGCUUACAUCCCCAAGUUUCCCAGGAGCUGGAGGACCUUCAGAAGGAGACUCCCCCGUAUCUGCGGAACCUAUUCAGCGAUGAUGCCAAUGUCCUCGUGUGGCAUGCCCUCCUCCUGCCUGACCAACCUCCCUACCACCUGAAGGCCUUCAACCUGCGCAUCAGCUUCCCUGAGGAGUAUCCAUUCAAGCCCCCCACGGUAAAAUUCACAACCAAGAUCUACCACCCCAACGUGGAUGAGAACGGGCAGGUCUGCCUGCCCAUCAUCAGCAAUCAGAACUGGAAGCCUUGUACCAGGACCCACCAAGUCUUGGAGGCCCUCAACGUGCUGGUGAACAGACCGAAUCUGGGGGAGCCCCUGCGGGUGGAACUCGCCGACCUGCUAACACAGAACCCGGAGCUGUUUAGAAGGAAUGCUGAAGAGUUCACCCUCCGAUUUGGAGUGGACCGGCCCUGCUAACUUUGUGUCUGACCCCUCUCUGUACUGGAUCCUCUGCACGGUGGAUGGACGCACCUCAUGGACUGGGGCCGGAGCCCCUCUAUGGCCCAUCUCUGCCCAUUCUUUUCUUCUUGGUGGCUAGUUGUUCGUGUGUGUGUGGUAAGGGGAGGGUUCUGCGGGUGUGUGUGUGUGGUACAUGAACUCACUCCUGCGUCACCUGGCCACAGGUGUGUCCUUCCUACUCCCCCGGCCCCCCAGAUCCGAGGUGUGUAUGUUUACAGAGUGACAGGCUGGUUCUCCAGCUCUCCAUCUUACAAAGACAGCUCACUUUCCAGGCCAGCUUGCAGGAAAUGAGCCCAGCAGCCAACAGAACCCCCCCUAGGGCCCAGGCACCGAGGCCAGGGGACCAAGUUGGAGGAGUGGAGAAUAUGGCUGGGAGACAGGGCGCAUCGAGUGGUGUCACUUAUGACUGAGCGAUUGAAAUCUGCCCAACUGUUGAUAGGCCUGUACAGGUUUAGGUACUGACCUUUUAUUUUCUAUCAAUGAAUCACAAAAUAAAGAGUCUAACCUCCAUCCCGGAAAUAUGA